GGCGACCACAAGUCCAAAACCUCACUCAUCCGCGUGACUCUGCAAUAAACCCUCCGAAAUUGGGAUGCUUUAUUAAGGAGCGUAUAGUGAAGACCCUAAAACCCACACGGAGGAGCUACAGCCCUACAUAGCAUUCUCUAAUACUUCCGGUGGGGUAAAAGUUAAAAAAUGUAUCUGAAGGUACAAUUGAAUUGGAAUGUGGUUAUACCUGCCGAGAAUCUUGACAUCAAGGGUUUGAUGUUACAGAAGGCGAUACUGGUUCGCCUUUUAGACGAUUUCGCAGCCAAGAAAGCAACCAAGGAUCUUGGAUACCUUGUGGCUGUGACCACUUUGAACAAAAUUGGAGAAGGGAAGGUAAGAGAGCACUCGGGUGACGUGUUGUUUCCGGUCUCGUUCACAUGCUUGAGCUUCAAGGUCUUCCGAGGAGAGGUGAUAGAAGGAGUCGUUCACAAGAUUCUGAAACACGGGGUUUUCAUGAGGUGUGGGCCCAUCGAGAAUCUUUAUCUCUCUAACCAAAAAAUGUCGGAUUACCAAUAUCAGUUUGCAGAUAACCCGUGUUUUCUGAGCUUAAAAACGGGUUCAAGAAUCGAGAAGGAUGUGACCGUGCGGUGCAUUGUGAUUGGGGUGAAGUACAUGGAGGCUCAGAAGGAGUUUCAGGCGGUCGUUGGCUUGGAAGGAGAUUACCUCGGCCCUAUCUAGUACCAAACUACCGAUGGUAUGUUGUAUUAACUGUUGGUUUUGUGCUUGAAAAUGUGAUAUCGUUGUAUGGCUAAUUACGUGUUUAGAUCGACAUUUUGAUGUGGUAAUUGUGGUAGGAAGAUCUCCCUGGUGUCAAUGUCAUCGGUUCGAAUUUGCACAUUUUGGUUGUAGCAGUGUGACAAGUCCGUCUGUACCCGCUCUAUCGUGUCGAUGCAGGGAAAAUAUUUUUAGGUGUUGCAUCCAUUUUAAAUUGAAGUUUGCGUUCUUAUGUUAAC